UGUGGACAGCCAGUGUCCCAGAGUGCUUUGAGAUUGCAGCCAAUCAGAAUGCUUGUGGCGGCCUGGUGCUUGAGGUGUGAGGCGUUGAUGUAGUCGGCGGAACCAAAGAUUAUAGAGGAGCCAAAGAUCUUAUAGCGGAGGAACCACCGCCAUCAUGCCACACCGGAAGAAGAAAUCAUUCAUCCAGAAGAAGUCGUCGGUGACGUUUCACUUGGUGCACAGGAGCCAGAAGGACCCAUUGGUUGCUGAUGAGAACGCUCCCCAGCGAGUUCUGCUGCCGGCUGAGAGAGCCGAUGUACGGAAGCAGAAAGAGGAGCAGAGGAAGUAUGGCGUCUUCUUCGAUGAUGCUUACAACUACCUACAGCACCUGAAGGAGGCAUCUCCCGUCGCUGAACUCGUGGCCUCCAGCUCGCGUCUCCAGGGAAAGCAGGAGAAAAAGGCUCCGGUGGACAAUGUACAGCAGGAGGUGCACCAGAUUCCGAGUUAUUCCAUUAAUCUUCCAUCGUCGGUGUUUGCCUCGGAGUUUGAGGAAGAGACUGGCCUUUUGAACAAAGCUGCCCCAGUGCGAGGACCUCUCCCGGAGCUGGAUCCAGAUAUCGUGGCUGCUCUGGAUGAAGACUUUGACUUUGAUGACCCAGACAACAUUCUGGAGGAUGACUUUGUGAUGAAGGCAGUCGCGAAAGAGAGCGAGACGGUUCCUCGAACGGGAUCUGACGGUGAAGAUAACGACGAGGAUUGGGAGGAUACGGAAGAUGAAGAUUAUGACUCAGACGGCCCCCUGUCCAGCGAAGAUGGAUCACAAACCAGCACCAGCAAAAGAGGACCCCCUGAGCUCCUCUUUAUGGAUGAGGAGACGAGAAGUCGCUUCACCAACUACUCCAUAACUUCAUCAGUCAUGAGGCGCAAUGAGCAGCUCACCCUGUUGGACGAUCGGUUUGAGAAGCUGUACGAAGAGUAUGAUGAUGAUGAGAUUGGGGCCCUGGAUCAUCAUGAACUAGAGGGCUGCAUUCAGGUGGACAGUGAACGGCUGGGUGAAGUUAUUGCUGAUUAUCACAACCAGAAGUCAAAAGACUGUCAGAUGCCGGAUGAUCUGGGACCAAGAGCGGAGGUUCAGAUACCAGAGGAGGAGGAGGAGGAUGUGAAAGGGGAGAUGGAGACAUUGAUCACUGAGGAAGUGACAGAGCAGUGGGACUGUGAAUCCAUCCUUAGCACCUACUCAAAUCUCUACAAUCACCCGAAGCUGAUAAUUGAUCCACCAAAGCCCAGUACAAUAAAAGUUUCCAUUAAAACGGGGAUCCCUUUGGGUGUCUUACCCAAACCAAAUCUCACAGCUAAACAGCUGGAACGACUAGAAAUGAUCAACGUCGGUGACGUUCCAAGAGCGUCCACACAAAUACGUCAGCAUGGCGAGAACAAGGAAGAAAAAAGGUUCAGGAAGCAGGCGAUUAAGGUGGAACGAAAGGAGCGAAGAAUUGAGAAAAAAACUAACAGAGCAGCUUUCAAGAUGGAGAAGGUUCGACAAGAACAAGUGCUACUGAACCUGAAACAGAACUUGCAAGGCAUCAAACUCUGAGGGUUGGUGAUGAGGGUGUCAUGUCCUGCUCUACCUAGCGGCUGGACUGAGGAAGAAUGUUAUGACAAAGACUUGCAACUCACUGUGAACUUGGCAAGCAAUCGCCCUGAAGAGGGAAACCAAUGACACUGCCUGCUCUGGUAAUCUUAAACCCCUGGGAGCAAUAGUGAGCCCAGACCUUUCUCUGAGAACAUCAAAGGAUGAAGCUUUGAGAUGGGAGAGGGGUGAGGCAGGGGGUUUAUUUUGCAAUACACGGCAUCAGCAUCGAUGACAGAAACUUUGAAGAAUAAAAAUUGAAAAGAGA